AUGGAUAGAAACUUUAACACAGGUUUCUACGAAGUAGCAGCUGGAGGAGACCCAAGGUAUACAUUAUAA